ACUCAAAAUUUAGUUGAAUUUGCUAUCAAUAGAUAUACCAAAAAUUGAAUAGAAUUGAAGAAGAAGAAGAAGGGGUGUCGAUAUGAUGGAAGGGUUAAGAAGUGAUGAAAUGGAGAUCCAUAUGGUGUCGUCGACGGAGUCAGCGGAGUACAGAGGUCUGAAGUGGGCGGUCGCUCAUUCGUCAAUCAUAGGACUGGAUGCGGAAUGGAAGCCCACCGUCCAUGGCGGCGGCGGCGGUGGUGGACAACCUCCUCCGGUGUUGCUUCUGCAAAUAGCAUGUAGACUCAUUAAUAAUAAUAUUGAUGAUAAGGAGGAGGGGGUGGUAUAUCUGGUAGACCUGUCGGAGAGGGAGCUGCUGCCAUCAAUAUACGAAAUGCUAAAAGAAGACGUAUUUGAAUGUCGAAAUGUAUUGAAACUUGGGUUUCGUUUCAAACAAGACCUCCUUUACUUGUCCUCUACUUUCCGCUCCCUCGGCGGCUUUCAUACGGUGGAACCAUAUAUGGAUAUCGCAAUCAUAUACAACACUCAUCUACAAACCACCACCAUCACAAGUAGAAGUAGAAGUAGAAAAAGAAAGGGACAGAACAGCCUAUCAUCCAUCUGUCAGGAACUUCUAGGCUUUUCUUUAUCAAAGGAACUUCAAUGCAGUGACUGGUCACAACGUCCUCUUACAAAAGACCAAACCACUUAUGCUGCGUUGGAUGCUCUUUGUUUGAUUCACAUCUUCCAUGUCUUUUACCAUACCCUUCUCACUCAAGGAGCCUUGCAAAGUCUCACUCAACUUGAUUCUUCAGCUUCAACUCUUGGGUUGAAACAAAUUCUUCAGGAACCUAGAAAUUCAACUAAAAUAUUGAGGACCACAGUUUGUGAAGCCGUAGAGAUGAUUAGAGCUACUAUGACCAAAUACCCUCAGCGACUGCAUGCUGUACUCGGAGCAAGUUUGAGGAAAUCAAGUCAGGAUAGCAUACCCAUGGAUUAUGUACUCUUGCAGAUUGUAAGACAAUACGGUGAUAAAAUACUACUGACAGAAUCAGAUGGAAAUCCGAAAACAUCAAGAAGAAAAGGAAAACGGAAGUCCUCUACUGGGUUCACAUGCAGAGAAAAACGAGUAGAUGAUACUGGUGAAUGGCAUGGCCCAGCACCAUGGGACUAUUUGUUGGGUGGUGAUGGAUGCCCCAAGUUUCUUUGUGAUGUGAUGGUGGAAGGCUUAGCAAAACAUUUAAGGUGUGUUGGAAUUGAUGCAGCCGUUCCCUAUUCAAGGAAGCCUGAAACCAGGGAGUUGAUAGAUCAAGCUAUUAAAGAGAAGAGAGUUCUUCUAACAAGAGAUGCCAAACUCUUGAGACAUGAAUAUCUGUUAGAAAAUCAGAUAUAUAGAGUGAAGAGUCUUCUAAAAAAUGACCAGCUACUUGAGGUGAUUGAAACUUUCCAGUUGAAUAUUUGUGAGGAUCAACUGAUGUCCAGAUGCACAAAAUGCAAUGGCAGAUUCAUCCAGAAACCACUCUCAAUGGAAGAGGCAAUUGAAGCAGCAAAGGGGUUUCAAGUGAUCCCUAACUGUUUGUUUGAUAGAAACAUUGAGUUCUGGCAGUGCACUGACUGUCAUCAACUUUACUGGGAGGGAACACAAUAUCACAAUGCAGUACAAAAAUUCAUUGAUGUCUGCAAGAUUAGCUCAACCACGUGAAGGCACUCAGGGCUACUUUAAGCUUAUUAAUUUUUGCAUGUUUUGUUUCUUGUCUUUUAAUUUCACAAUUUUGAAACACAGACUACUUAGUUUAGUACAUUUCUAUCCCACCACUUUGUUUGUUGACGAUUCUUGUUAAUACAAUGUACUUAGUUUAGUAUUUGAUACAAGAAAAUAUGAAGACGGGGCACUUUAUUACAA